AUGGCAGCAACAUCAGUAAAUAACAACGAUCAAAUAGAAAUCAAUCAAAAUCGAUCGAUAAUACCAGAUAUAAAACUUUUUUCAAUACCCAUUGAUGAAGAUACAACUGAUGUGGAUGGUACAACAGAAAUUGAACAUAUAGAAAAAGAAUCUGCAAUUAAACAAUCGGAUAUAUCUGUACCUAUUCGACAAUGGUCUGGUUUAUCGAUGGCAUCAACAGCAACAAUAAAUAAAAGAUCUAAAUCAAAUUCAUAUAGAUUUGUUCAAUUAGAACGAGCUCUUAUAUCAGCAAAUCUUCUAAAGAAAAAUGAGGAUCGACUUCAAUUUGAAAAUGAAUAUCUAUUAGCUUUAAAUGAAAAUAAAUUUGAUGAAUUCAUUGAUAAUUAUUAUCAAAAAAUACAUGAUCAUAAUCAACGUAUUAAACAAGAACAAGAAUUUAAAAAAGCACGUGUAUUUACUUUUGCUGAUCUUGAAAAAAAUUUUUUUUCACUUGAUCCAACACGUGAUAUUAAAAUUGUAUUUGUUGAUGAACCAACAACAUCGACAAUAACAAAAACAACAAAUACUCGUUCUGCUGCAUCAGCACGUCAAAGAUCGUCAUCAACUGCCAUAUCGAAUGAUGCAGCUGUAGAAUUAUUUUAUGCUAAACGUUCUCAUCGUCUUCUAUGUGAUCCAGCAUAUGCACGUGAAGAAAUAUCAUUAUUUGCUCGUCGAGCUGCCGAACGUCUUCAUGAACGAUUACCACGCGGAAAGCCGUCGGCUGAGUCAAAUGUUAUAGCACAAAAAGCUGUAACUCCUGCUUAUCGUCUUCAGUAUAUUCCAUGCCAUCAUUUUCCAUCAAGAAGAAAAAGUGGAUCAUGGAGCUUUGGAUCUUUUCAUUGGUGUUCAUGCUGGUGUCGAGGGUUUUUACUUGGUUCUCUAUUAGCUGGAUUAGCAUUAGCUGUUAUAAUCACACUUUGGUUAACAUCAGAAAGAACAAUUAGCAGUUUAUCAAGUACAGGUUCUACUACCACUACCACAUCAGUAACAACUGCUACAUCAACUACAACUACAGGCACAUCAACGACAACUACGACUACAACUACAUCAACGACCUCUACAUCAACUACUACUACAACUACAUCGACGACUGCGACCUCAACUACGACAACAACUAGCACUACAACUACAUCGACGACUGCGACCUCAACUACGACAACAACUAGCACUACAACUACAUCGACAACCUCUACAUCAACUACUACUACAACCACAUCGACGACGGCGACCUCAACUACGACAACAACUAGCACUACAACUACGACAACAACUAGCACUACAACUACGCCGACAACAUCAACAACAACUACCACUCCUACUCCGACAUGUGUAGAUUGGUUAUGGAAUACAAAUGGUGAAACAGUAGCUGGGGUUACUGGUUCACUAGGUAGCACACCCGACAAAUUAAAUGAACCACGGAAUAUUUAUGUUGAUCCAGUAACUAAUAAUCUUUAUAUUGCUGACUCGGGAAAUCAUCGUAUUCAGAAAUGGCUACCAGGAGCAACAAACGGUACAACAGUUGCCGGUACUUCUGGCACACUGGGUUCAUCAUCAACUCUUCUCAAUAUGCCGAGAGAUGUCUUUACUGAUUCAUCGGAAAAUAUUUAUGUUGCUGAUUCUGGCAAUGAACGUAUACAGUUUUUUCCGAAAGGUAGUACAAUAGGAUCGACAGUUUCAUCAAGUUGGACUUCUGCUGGUUCAAUGUGGGGAGUUCAAGUCGUUAAUCAAUCUAUCUAUGCUUGUGAUCGUGAUAACAAUAUUGUCUGGAACAACGGAUCAGAAGUAGCAAGCAAUCAAUGGACAAAUAACGGUGGGAAUCCGCUUAAGAUGCCACAAGGUUUUGCAGUUGAUACAUCGAUCGCCAUAGGUACUGUUUACAUUGCAAAUUCAGACAGGCAUACAAUAGUAAAAUGGCCAGUAAAUGCUACAACGGGUAUAAUAGUAGCAGGUACUGAUGGGAAUGGUGGUAGCAGUUCAAGUUUACUCAGAGCUCCUACUGCGAUUAAACUUGAUAAUUAUACCAAUAUGUUCGUCGUAGACAACAAUAACCAUCGUAUUCAACUCUUCUGCCAAUACCCAACAGCUACUACAACUGCACGUACUAUUGCUGGCACCGGCUCAUCAGGACAGACAAUUAACACGCUCAAAUAUCCAGUAGGACUUGCCUUAGAUGCAUCACUUAAUUUGUAUGUUUCCGACACUGCUAAUCACCGCGUACAAAAAUUCCGACGUCUUCUUUGA